AGAAACGGGAUACUGGGAGAACCGGAAGAGCGUCGGAGAGAGGGAGGGAGCGCCCGCAGGUCUAAGUGCGGUUCUCCAUCAAAACUGGAGCAGUGAGUGGACAAACCGUGACUUAAAUAAAUCGGUUUAGAGUCUGUGGCAGCGGCCUUUGUCGUUGACGUGUGCGUGACAGAGGUUCAUUCAACAUGUGGAGGGCAGCAGCAGGACAGUCAGUCAAGGUGGAUGUAGAUGACGGAGGGGACGACUGGGAGACGGACCCUGACUUUGAGAAUGACGUCUCGGAGAAGGAGCAACGCUGGGGGGCCAAGACUGUGCAUGGUUCAGGGCAUCAGGAGCACAUAGAUAUCCACCAGCUGCGUGACACAGUGUCCUCAGAGCACAGCAGCUUGAAGCAGAAGGAGCUGGACAACAUGCCCAAGGCCUCACUGGGAUAUGGAGGAAAGUUUGGAGUUCAGCAGGACCGAAUGGACAAGUCUGCUGUGGGUCAUGACUACCAGAGCAAGUUGUCCAAGCACUGCUCCCAGACAGACACCUCCAAGGGCUUUGGAGGGAAGUAUGGAGUACAAGCUGAUCGUGUGGAUGAGUCUGCUGUCGGCUUUGAAUACGUCGGGAAGACGGAGAAACACACUUCACAGAAAGACUACGCCACUGGGUUUGGCGGUCGGUACGGAGUGCAGUCAGAUCGUGUCGACCAGAGUGCAAUGGGCUUCGAAUACCAGGGCAAAACCGAGAAACACGAGUCCCAGACAGAUUAUGCCAAAGGCUUUGGUGGCAAGUAUGGAGUUGAGACGGACAAAGUGGACAAGAGUGCAGUGGGCUUCGAGUACCAGGGCAAGACGGAGAGGCACGAGUCUCAGAAAGAUUACGUGAAAGGCUUCGGGGGUAAGUUUGGAGUUCAGACAGACAGACAGGAUAAAUCUGCGCUGGGAUGGGACCACCAGGAGAAGCUCCAACUCCACGAGUCUCAGAAAGACUAUAAGCGUGGGUUUGGAGGGCGGUAUGGGGUAGAGGUGGAGAGGCAGGACCAGUGUGCCCUGGGCUUUGAGCACAAGGAGAACAUGGCCAAGCACGAGUCCCAGAAAGAUUAUUCAAAAGGCUUUGGAGGGAAAUUUGGUGUCCAGGAUGACCGCAUGGAUAAGACUGCAGGAACGUUCGAGGAUGUGGAGAAGCCUUCUCCAGCAUACAAGAAGACCAAACCUGUGGAGGCUGCUGGCAGCAACACAGGGAGCAUCAAGGCCCGCUUUGAGAACAUCGCCAAGCAGAAGGAGGAGGAGGACAGGAAGAGGGCUGAGGAGGAGCGAGCUCGCCGCCAGGCCAAGGAGAAGCAGGAGCAGGAGGAGGCGCGCAGUCAAGUCCAAGUGGCGCCCAAAUCCCCAUCUCCCGUUCCUGCCGCUAGUCCCAGCCCCACUCCGAGCCCAGCGUCACCUGUGGCAGCAGCACCGGCGCCGUACCGGGCCCCAGAGAAGGUGUCUCAUGAUGCUGCAGAGGAGAACGGAGAGCAUUUGUACGAGGCAGCGUCACCAUCACCGACUCCGUACGGUGAACCGGAGGACAUGUACCAGACCCCAGAGGACGCCACCGCUGGAGAGGACCAUCAGUACGACUACAGCGCAAACAUGGGGUUGACGGCAGUGGCUCUGUACGACUACCAAGCAGCCGGUGAUGAUGAGAUAUCCUUUGAUCCUGAUGACAUAAUCACCAACAUCGAGAUGAUUGACGAGGGCUGGUGGCGAGGUGUGUGCAGAGGCGCAUACGGCCUCUUCCCAGCCAACUAUGUGGAGCUUCGGAAAUGAUGUCCCUUCUCCAACGUGCCCCAUUCGUCUCCCUGUCAAGCACAAAGGAGACAUAAAAUUUAAAAAAAAUCCCUUUCCAACUCUUUUUGCUUCAACAAGGAGAUGUCGUCAGGUUCCAGGUUGAUUUCCUUCUGCCCCCCCUCCACCCUCCAGCUGACUUUGUUUCUGUCUGUGCAGCAGCAGACCAAUUGAACAGGUAGAAGUAAUUAUUUGGGCUUACAGACACAAAGCUUUGUUCUGCACCUCUGCUCUGUAGCAGCUAAAGUGAUGAGAUGCAGCUUUGACCAUCGGGGCCUGAGGUGACUUACAGUUCACUUCACAGCUGGUUGCAUUGUGUAGGGAUUUUGGAUUCGGCUUUACUUCAGACCUUAGAGCGCUGAGCACAACAAAAGCAGUUUAGAGGAACAAACAUUUGCUUUGUGACCAGUUAUGUUAACUGUGGAACAAAAAGCUGAAACCUUUGACUUCUUGGUCUGUUUGAAUGAAGCUGUAUGUGUUAAUUGAUUAAAACUGAGCAGUGGCAUCAGGCGUACGUAGGGUCAGUUAUGUGUCCCAUGUUUCCUCCUUUACUAACAUUUAAACUGUGCAGUAUAAAGACUCCACUCAUCUUUUGCAAGACGAUGGUGAUUGGUAUUUCAGCCACCAUCAAUCCUGUUUGCUUGUUAAUCGUGUACAGCGAGAUCAAGAUUUAUGAGGCAGUAAAGGUUAAGACUAUAUUUCGUUCUUGUCGCUGUGUUUUUCUUUGUGGACAACAUUUGACUAUUUUCUGAAGCAUAGUUACGACUAGUCCCUCAUCAUGGACCCACAGCACUACAUGUAAUAGACCGCUUGUCUGUGGGUCAGCGUAGCUUCUACAGGUGUGUGAGGGUUUCAUUUAUUCAUCUUUGGGGUUUUAUAAUAAAGUGACCUUUUUUCAGAUGAUUUAUUUUUAUCUGUACUUCUGUUUGCUUACGUCACAUCAUUACCUGCUUGUAAUUUUUUUUAGUUUCAAUAAAUAAACUAUGAAUAAUAA